UGAAUACAUUUGAAACAGAUAAAAAUUUGAUAAUCAUCACAAUGUGGGGGAUAAAUGAGACGUAUGAACUGAACACCUCCUCAUUAAUAUUAGAGUCAAAUUAUACCAUUCAGCAAAAUAGCCCUAAGAAUGUCUUGAAGACAAGAUUCGUUAUUACUUCAGUACUGAUGACCUUUGGACUGUUUGGAAAUACUUCAAUUAUCCUUGUUUUAAAAGGAUUCAAAGGCGCCACAUCUAUACUAACAAUGUACAUGGCAGCUUUCGAUAGUUUGUCUUUAAUAAGUAAAGUUGUCGGGUACGGCUUGGUAAAUUAUAGCAAAGACUUUGGAUAUUUGUUUUGUACAACAAGUUCGAUCCCGAUGCAUUUUUGUGUGACCACUGCCAACUGGACUUUAGUUUUGAUAUGUAUUGAACGUUUUAGUUCCGUUUUUUUUCCUUUUCAAUAUCGUUUCAUUGUUUCACCAAGAAGAGUGCACGUUACUAUGGCAACACUAAUUUGUACUCUCUUUGUGUACUCUAUUCUUUUUAAUGCUAUGACACAAAGCUAUGACGACUCAUCAAAAAGAUGUAUCGUGAUAAACAUAUCAUCUAAAAUACACGUCAUUCUAUUAAAUUGUAUAGGUAUAGCAGGGCCCUGUCUUUUCACAUUUUCAUUCACAACUCCAGUUAUUAUUAGACUUAAGUUUGUACAAACAGAUUUUCGACAAAAAUCAUAUCAACGUCAAAAAUCUGAACGCUUAUUAAUGAGACUUAUGCUGAGUUCGGCCAUUUUGUUUGUAAUUCUUUCCAUGCCAGCAUUUAUUUAUUUUAUUUUUAUCAGUCCUUUUAUACAAAAUGAAGAAAUUAUUCAAAUCGUAGGUAUUUUUAUCAGUCUUCUUUGGGAUUUAUCCCACACUUUCAACUUUGUGGUUUACUUAAUAUUCGUUAAAGUAUUUAGGAAGACAUUUGCACAAAUCAUUUGUAAAAAAUCAAGAAAAGUUUAAUGCCACAAAAGG